AUCGCGCGGGGCGCCUGCAGCGGCGGGAAUCGUCGCCCAACGUCAGGUGUCCGAGGCUCCCACGGCCUCCGGCUGCGCUGCGCCUCGCCGGAGUCUUAGGAGUCGCGGGUCCGGGGCCAGAACCGGCCAGAUUGUUUGAUGGCUUCACUGAGAAGAGUCAAAGUGCUGUUGGUGUUGAACUUGAUCGCCGUGGCCGGCUUCGUGCUCUUUCUGGCCAAGUGCCGGCCCAUCGCGGUGCGCAGCGGAGACGUCUUCCACGAGAUCCGGCCGCGCGCCGAGGCGGCCAACCUCAGCGCGCACAGCGUCAGCCCCAUCCAGGAUGCGGUCCUGAAGCGCCUCUCGCUGCUCGAGGACAUCGUCUACCGGCAGCUGAACGAUUCCCGGAUGAGCCUGCCUGGGAUUUCUGUGAAUGUUUGGCUACACGAAGCUAAUAGAUGGUCAAGAGAUGGUUUAUCCAAGUCCCUUGGGCUCAUUGAAGGUUACGGUGGACGGGGCAGAGGGGGUCUUCCUGCUACCCUCUCCCCAGCGGAAGAAGAAAAGGCAAAGGGACCCCAUGAGAAGUAUGGCUACAACUCCUACCUCAGUGAAAAGAUUUCACUGGAUCGUUCCAUUCCGGAUUAUCGUCCCACCAAGUGCAAGGAGCUCAAGUACUCCAAGGAGCUGCCCCAGAUCUCCAUCAUUUUCAUCUUCGUGAACGAGGCCCUGUCGGUCAUCCUGAGGUCUGUCCACAGCGCUGUCAACCACACGCCUACCCACCUGCUGAAGGAAAUCAUCCUGGUGGAUGACAACAGCGACGAAGAGGAGCUGAAGGCGCCGUUGGAGGAAUACGUCCACAAACGCUACCCCGGGCUGGUGAAGGUGGUGCGCAACCAGAAGAGAGAGGGCCUGAUCCGAGCACGCAUCGAAGGCUGGAAGGCGGCCACGGGCCAGGUCACUGGCUUCUUCGAUGCGCAUGUGGAAUUCACCGCAGGCUGGGCUGAGCCUGUUCUAUCCCGCAUCCAGGAGAACCGGAAGCGGGUGAUCCUCCCCUCCAUUGACAACAUCAAGCAGGAUAACUUUGAGGUACAACGGUAUGAGAACUCAGCCCACGGGUACAGCUGGGAGCUGUGGUGCAUGUACAUCAGUCCCCCAAAAGACUGGUGGGAUGCCGGAGACCCUUCUCUCCCCAUCAGGACACCCGCCAUGAUUGGCUGCUCCUUCGUGGUCAACAGGAAGUUCUUUGGUGAAAUUGGUCUUCUGGACCCUGGGAUGGAUGUGUAUGGAGGAGAAAAUAUCGAACUUGGAAUCAAGGUGUGGCUUUGCGGGGGCAGCAUGGAGGUCCUUCCGUGCUCUCGCGUGGCCCACAUUGAGCGGAAGAAGAAGCCGUACAACAGCAACAUCGGCUUCUACACCAAGAGGAAUGCGCUCCGGGUUGCCGAGGUCUGGAUGGACGAUUACAAGUCUCACGUGUACAUCGCAUGGAACCUGCCGCUGGAGAAUCCAGGGAUUGACAUAGGCGAUGUCUCUGAAAGAAGAGCAUUAAGGAAAAGUCUGAAGUGUAAGAAUUUCCAGUGGUACCUGGAUCACGUCUAUCCGGAAAUGAGAAGAUACAAUAAUACCAUUGCCUAUGGGGAGCUUCGCAACAACAAGGCAAAAGAUGUCUGCUUGGACCAGGGGCCGCUGGAGAACCACACAGCCAUCCUGUACCCGUGCCAUGGCUGGGGACCGCAGCUCGCCCGCUACACCAAGGAGGGCUUCCUGCACUUGGGCGCCCUGGGGACCACCACACUCCUACCUGACACCCGCUGCCUGGUGGACAACUCCAAGAGUCGACUGCCCCAGCUCCUCGACUGCGACAAGGUCAAGAGCAGUCUGUACAAGCGCUGGAACUUCAUCCAGAAUGGAGCCAUCAUGAAUAAAGGCACAGGGCGCUGCCUGGAGGUGGAGAACCGAGGCCUGGCCGGCAUUGACCUCAUCCUCCGCAGCUGCACAGGACAGAGGUGGACAAUUAAAAACUCCAUCAAGUAGCUGGCAGGAGCUGGGGCUUUCGGAGCCCAACCCAGGACAGGGCCCAUCCAUCCUAAAGUGCAGCCACACAGUGCAGAGACACAACAGGUGCUCGUGGGCCGCGAGGGCCCCUCCACAGCAGCUGGGCCCCAAGUGGAGACUGUGCGUCCUUCUCAGGCAUUCGGCUGCCCCGAGGCUCCUAUACCCUGGAAAGUCCCUCAGCCCUUCUCUGGGAAGCCAGGAGCUGUGUCUUCUGCACCCCAGGUGCAGGACGAUACAGGGGAGACUCUGCCUUCCUCUGUGUUGUCUUCCGCCCCUGUAUCAGGACCUGGGCCCGGCCGGGUCUCCUCCUCUCCUUCAUCCUGUACAGCAACAGCAGCUUCUGGAUUUCACUGUGGUCCUCAGUGCCAUGGGGGCUGCAGCUUCAUCCUAGCUCCCCUCCACCUCGAGGGGACAGGGAGGCCCCCAAGCCUCUCUUUCCUCUGAGGUUGCUUCCAUUCAGAUUCCCAUUUAAAACUUGAGGCAGCCGCCACCCCCAAGCCUUCCCAUAGGGGCGGCUUUGUGGGCCACAGCUCUGGAAGUUUCUGAGGUGCCCAGAAGGAGCUGAUGCUUCCUGCCCAGGUCCUCUGUGCACUUGGCUCCUAUAAAUGCGCCCAGACCGGCCCUCGUGCCUGAGCCCAUGGGAGCCAGAAAUGGGCCAAGUGCACGUGCAUGGUGGACUCAGCUGCAGGAGGCCGGAAGCAGGUGUGUGCAGCUCUGCUGCUGGGGACCCCGAGUCCUGGCCCCUGGAGCCACCGGGCCCUCCGUGCAGAAGAGCUGAGGAUGCCAGCCCAGCCUCAGGCCCAGGAACCUCAAAGACGCUUUGUGCUCACCACAUUUCACCCCAAGCUCUGCCAGUGACAGGGAAGAAGGCAGUCGUCUCCUCACUUAACUGUACCCCUCGCUUUCUGAUUGCCCUCUGGUUAGGGUGCACUUAUAAAUCAGAGUUAAUAUAUGGACGUGUGCGUGUGUGUGUGUGUGUGCAUGCAUCCGAGUGUGCGUGCCUGUGUGCUGCGCCGUGGGUGGCAGGGUAUGCGUGCGUGUCUGAGUGUGUGCUGUGAGCGGAGCAGACAUAGCUGUGUGGCCUUGGGCUUGCUGCUUCGUUGCUCACGGGACGGGGACAGAGCUCCGGAGAAGCGAGCGGGGUUGGCCUGCGUCAGCGGCUCUCUGGCCAGGGGACAUGGCUCAGCCUUGCCUAUGUGGUGUCCUUCUGCCACCUCCCAUCUCUCUCCCCACUGCUGUCUCUGGCCAACCCUGCUCAGAACCAAACCCUGUAUUCGCCCCAUUGCCCAGUGUGGGGUUCGCAGUGUCCCCUUGGUGGCAUCUUAUCGGUGAUCACCUCCUCCUCCCAUUUCCUGCCCUGUGAAAUAAACGCUUCAGCACUUCCC